AUGGAACCUAGAUUCAGGCAGGAGAUUCAGCAGAUGAUGUACAUUGCGGGAGAAACACAAGAUGCCUCCAUCCAAACCAUUAAGCUCAUUGAGGACAUCAUCCGAGACCAAGUUGUUCACAUACUAAAGACAGCAGACGACCUCGCGGCCCGUCGUGGGUCUCGCGUCAUCUCCAACACCGAUAUCAUCUUCCAAGUCCGCCACGACAACGCUCGUAUCGAGCGCCUCCGCACCUUCCUCACCUGGAAAGCAAUAAGAAAGGCCGUCAAAGACUCGGAGGACAAGGAAGGCUUCGUCGACGAAGCCGAAUUGGACGAUGGCGUCGUCCCCGGCCCGGUCGAUGACGCCCCGGCCAGCAGGGUCAAAUUCCCUGCCGUUGCAUUUCCCUGGGACGUAUCAUCCUUGUUCUCCGAGCAAGUGGCCGAGUUCGGCCAGGACGACCUCAUGGACAUCAGCAGCAGCGAGGCCGCUCUCGAGAAACUGCGCAAGAACGACGAGCGGACCCGGGACAUGACGGUCGCCGAGUAUGCCACGUGGUCGGAGUACCGUCACGCGUCGCUGACGUAUCGCAAGGCGAAGCGGUUCAGGGAGUGGUCCGGCUUGGGCGUCAUCGCAGAGAAUAAACCCAACGAUGAUGUAAUGGAUAUCCUGGGCUUUCUGACGAGUGAGAUGGUACAGAACCUCACGGCUGAGGCAUUAAGGGUGCAGGGACAAGAAAUGGGUCACAAUGAGAAGGGUGCCUUGAGUGGCUCUGGCUCAGAUUUAGUUCAGAAGCCAAGGGGCUUGUUUGCUGAGCCCGAAGGGGCAAGGAAGGCUGUUGACGAGAAGCAUGUUCGGACGGCGUUCCAACGGUUUCAAGAAUUGCCGAAGAAGCGACGAGCUUUGUUGCAUGACCUGCUGGCUCUUGGGUGUGCCGCGAGAGGUGCUCUUCAUCGUAUCCGACCAGCUACCAGCACCAUAACGUACAGCCCUUGCCUUGACCUGCAAGUCCGUCUUCGCAUCCCUUUGCCCGGCUCGGCGAUUUCCGCCGGCAAGCAAGGAAGAGAUGGCUUCUACCCUCCUGCUCCGUUGGAGCGCAAUAGCGAGGGCGGUUUGCGAGGGCAGCUUCAUCCAAGCUGCAAUCCGGUGCGACAAAGUGAGUGCGAUAUUGUCGCUCAUUGGUGCUGGUAUUUCCCCACGCCCUCUUCGUGGGUUGAUGACGUUAGUCUUCUUACAUGGAGGCCAACGGUCGCGUGGCUUGGAAACAACUCCCCCGAUAUCACAUUUUCCGAGGCGCAUCUCGUCAUGAACCGGCAUUUCUACGGAGCACCUCACGGUCUAUGCACCCGACACCUGGAGAGUGUGUUUGAGCUUGAGAGGUUCAUCCCCUUGACUGACGGAAAGAUCGAAAUCGACCACUUCCCGCUCGCAAGCCACGAACAACGGGGCAGAAGAUACUCUUUGCGACCGUCGGGUCAGCGAGCCAACGCAGCAUCCGCCAGGCUGUCGCUUGAACAGGCUGCGGCGCAAUGGACCAUCCGCGGGCCCCAAUGCUCCCAAAUCGACUUCUUCAUGGUUAUCGACAGUCUCAAACUUCCCGUGUGUCGCCACGUUCCCGGCGUCAGCGGAACGUCCAUGGGUUUACAUUAUCACGGAAACUGCAUACGUGAGCUCGGAGACACAAUCCCCUUGUCGUAUGAGGGGCCUCGGGUUGACGCACAUCCUCACGACGGCAUCGGCCCAUGCGCUGUUUGCCCUACCGACUAUGAGAUAGCCAUCGGAAGGUUCAGGGGCCGAAUGAGUCGGAGCCUGGAGCUCACCACUUACCACAGGCUUGGAAGCCUACGCACACCCAGUGACCCCGCCUGGUUUUGCUUGACACAGGGACACAGUUUUUGCCUCCCCGCUUGUUCGAGGUCCGUUGGGAGUGUUCGCGAACAAUGGCUUCAUGACGGGGGAGGGACCAAGGCAGCAGCGCAAGAAGAGCUUGGCCGUUCGGUGACAGCCGGCCCGCGGGCACACUGGGUGUUUUGGUUCGAGGAUCUCGGAGAUUAUUUCGAGGGUGCUUUUGAGGAACACCAGUCACUGCCUACAGGCGACUGCUUUGGAUAG